CCCGGGCUGGUGAGCGACGCCAUCUUGUCGAACGCCGCCCCGGGGCCGCCAUGUCGGUGAGGAGCAGUCACCGCCACGGCCACUGUCCAAACCCCUGCGUCGCGGCGCGCUCGCCCGCCCGCUCCCGAGCCUCGGCCGCCGGCGGCGAGUAGAGACUAGCGUGGCGGCGCCGGCCGCGGCCGCGCCCGUGUUUGCAGAGAGCCCAUCUCUCUGGCGUGGUUGUUAACAGACUGGAAAGUCUGUGUCUGUGUCGCUCACUAGUAACCGUGAGUUUUUACCGCCUCGUUACGGCGGGCGGCCGGGGUCCCGCGCCCCGCAGACCGGCCCGCAGCCCCGCCCCGCUCCUGACCAAACAUGACAGACUGUGAACACGCAGGGCGCGGCAGAGAAGAUGGUGAAUUAGAAGACGGUGAAAUUGAUGAUGCAGGAUUUGAAGAAACACAAGAACAGGAAGAGGAUGAGAAGCAGAAAAAUGAGAAAGCCUAUAGAAAAUCAAGAAAAAAACACAAGAAAGAAAGAGAAAAGAAAAAAUCCAAAAGGAGAAAACGUGAGAAACAUAAGCAUAAUUCUCCAUCUAGUGAUGACAGUUCAGACUACAGCCUUGAUUCAGAUGUCGGACAUACAGAAAGUUCCCACAAAAAAAGAACUGGUUUCUACAGGGAUUAUGACAUUCCAUUUCCUCAGCAUGGGCACAUAUCAGGAAGCUACGUGACAUCAAGGAGGAGUCAAUAUAACAAAAAAUUUAAAAGUAAAGAAUAUGGUGAGUACAGUACCUAUAGUGAUGACAACUUCGGUAACUACAGUGAUGACAACUUCGGUAACUACAGUCAGGAAACAGAAGAAGAUUUUGACAGUCAGCUCAAACAUUACAGACAAGCUAAAGAACCCUCCAGUAUUGCUUUAGGAUCAUCAUUUUUUAAAGAACCAGGGAAAAAACAAAGAAUGAAAGGAAUUCAGCAAGGUACUGAACAGAGGCUUAAAAGUUUUAAUGUUGGUCGUGGACGAGGUUUGCUGAAGAAAAUCAAACGCAAAGACCGUGGGGGAAGAGUCGGUAAAGGGCCCAGCAUGUUUUCAGGAAUGGAUGACUUUCAGGAGUAUAAUAAACCAGGGAAAAAAUGGAAGGUGAUGACUCAGGAAUUUAUUAAUCAGCACACAGUGGAACACAAAGGAAAACAAAUCUGUAAAUACUUUCUGGAAGGGAGAUGUAUUAAGGGAGAUCAAUGUAAAUUUGAUCAUGAUGCAGAGUUGGAGAAGAGGAAAGAGAUCUGCAGAUUUUAUUUACAAGGAUAUUGUACGAAAGGGGAGAACUGCAUUUACAUGCAUAAUGAAUUUCCAUGCAAGUUCUAUCAUAGUGGAGCAAAAUGUUACCAAGGAGACAAGUGUAAAUUUUCACAUGAUGAUUUGACAAAAGAAACGAGGAAACUUUUGGACAAAGUGUUGAACACUGAAGAGGACCCCACAAAUGAGGAUGAAAGAGAGUUAGAGGAACUUAGGAAGCGCGGCAUAACCCCUCUUCCCAAACCACCUCCAGGAGUGGGGCUCCUGCCAACCCCAGCAGAGCACUUUCCCUUUUCUGAUCCUGAAGAUGACUUUCAGACAGAUCUCUCUGAUGAUUUCAAGAAAAUCCCAUCUCUUUUUGAAAUAGUUGUAAAACCUACUGUGGACUUAGCACAUAAGAUUGGGAAGAAACCACCAGCAUUUUAUAGCAGUGACUCGCCACCAGGACCACAAUAUCAGGAAAGCAGCCCACAUCCUCAGCAUAUCUACAGUUCUGGGUCAAGUCCAGGUCCUGAACCUAAUAUGUCUCAGGGACACAGUAUUCCUGUGAUGCACUCAGGCUCCCCUAGACAUCAUCCAUGUGCAGGACCUCCUGGCCUACCAGUGCCACAGAGCCCACCUUUGCCACCCGGUCCACAUGGAGCUGGAGUAAUUGUUCAACCAGAUGCAUCUUUGUCAGUACCAAGUAUGAGUGGUGCUUACCAUUGUCCGGGCUUUCCAGAACACAUGAUGAAAGUACCCAGAGAGAAUCACGGUUCUCCAGGCUCAUCACACCUGCAAGGUUCUGGUGAAAUGCAGCUCAGCACCAGUUAUGAGUCCCUACAAAACCCCGCUGAGUUUUAUGAGAAUUACUAUUCUCAGCAUGGUGCACCUAAUUUUCAGCCACCCAGUAACUCUAGUGAUGGGAUGUGGCAUGAUGAGUUUGCUCAGCAUCAGCCUCCCAUUGUUCAAGACUCACCUAACCGUGGGAGUGGGUGUGAUGGCAGCGGCAGCAUGACAGGCCAUGACCCCCUGCCUGCACCAGGCCUCCUCCCUGCAGUACAGAGAGCUCUUUUUGUCAGACUUACUCAGAAAUACCAAGACGACGAAGAACCAAGCAGCACCCACCCUCACAGGACACCCAGCAAAGAAGAAGAUGAUCCUGUUAACUGGUAUUCCAGUAGUGAAGAGGAUGAAGGGAGCAGUGUCAAGGCAAUCCUGAAAACGUUACAGAAACAAACAGAAACUUUAAGGAGUCAGCAGCAGUCUUCCUUGGAACUCGGCACUCCUACUGAUCCAAGACUUGCUAAAGAGAAGAGUAAAGGUAACCAGGUGUCUGACCCUCGACUUAGGACCAUCCCAAGACAAGACAUUAGAAAGUCUUCUGAGUCUCCUGCACAGGGUCUCAGACUCGUGUGGGAUCCCAGGAAACCAAGAGGAAACGGAAGUGGGCAGGUGAGCUCCUCUGCUGGCUCAGCAAAGUGCGAUUUACAUCAUGCACAUUCUGGCGCUAACAUCAAACACAAGAGAGGAGAUGAUGAGGAAGAGGACACAGAACGAGAACUGAGAGAAAAGGCUUCCUUAAUACCCCUGGACUCUCCCCCCGGGGCAGUGCUCCAGGACCCACGGUCGCAGCUGAGGCAGUUCAGUCACAUUAAAAUGGAUAUCAUACUCACCAAGCCCAAUUUCGCAAAACACAUCGUGUGGGCUCCAGAGGACUUACUUCCAGUCCCUUUACCAAAACCGGACCCCGUCUCUUCAAUCAGCUUACCUCUGCCCCCUCUUAUAGCUGACCAGAGGCUAUGGAAUUCGAAAAGCGAUCUCCAUCAAAGCACAGUUCCCCUGGAUUCAAAAUUGGCAGUCAAAGCCAAAAUUAACACAACAAGCAGAGAAGGCUACCUGGAACCAUUUGGGGACUUGCACAGCUCAGCAAGUAAAUUGGGAGACCCCAGGCUACAAAAAAAAUGUGAUCCUAGACUUCACAGACUGCACAACACAGUAUCUCAGCAAGCAGUUACAAAGGAGUCACAUACACCAAAGUGUGCCCCUCACUUGGCCAGGUCAAGCCCUGGUGCAUCGCAGCCCUCGGCGGCAGUAACCAGCAACUCUGGGCCUGGGGUUUUGCCUCCCUACACUCCUAAACUGUCUCCUUCAGCUGGUGUUCCACUGGGGACUCCAAGUUCAGUUCUCAGUGGUAUUAGUUUGUAUGACCCUAGGGAGCCUGGCUCAUCAUCUGCACCAGAGCCAGCAACGGAAAAUGCAGAGAACCAGAAAAAAAGUGGUGGUUUAAAAGGCAGUGACAAAAAUGAGCACGCUCCUGGAGAAGCAGCCCUGCCACAGAAAACCACUGCCGACGCGGAGGCCACUGUCCAUGGGCCAGCCGACGCACCGGCCCAUGUCCCCAGCAGCUCCUGUGCAGGCCAGGUCCCCGCAGUGCACAGCCUUCCUGUGCAGGCGUUAACAGGCUUAAUGAGACCCCAGUACAGCGAUCCCAGACAGUCCAGGCAGCUGGGACAGCUGAGCCCCACCCCAGAGGAUAACCCCAGUGGGGAAACAGAUGACAAAUCUCUGAAAGAGGUUUUUAAAACUUUCGAUCCAACUGCUUCACCAUUUUGCUAGCUACUGUGUAAUUAAGCAGUUCUUUUCAGUCUCGUGACCAUCGCAGUCCUCGCUGUUUUGUAACUGGUUUACCUCUAUAGUUUAUUUAUUUUUAAAUUAUGAACACUUUUCAGCUGCUAGUAUCAGAACCACAUGAAGUUAUAUCCUCUAAAGGCUGUGGUAUUUUAUAUAAUAUUUUUAUAAAUUUAAGAGACUGUAGCAAGUGACAUAGAAAACUAUAUAUCAUGUUAGCUUCAGUAAAAAUACUUUUUUUGUAAAUAAACCAUCAUGAACUGGACACUCUGCCUGAAUAUAUGCCAGUUGUCUUUCUUAAUCAAUGUUUAGAUAAAUGAUUACCACUUUUAUAUGGUUGUUCAUUUCAAGCAAUAUGAUGUAUAUUACUUUUGGGAAACAGUAUUUUGACUAGGAUCCUUUCUGUCAACACAUAACUGCUAACAAAAAUGUAAAAUGAAAUAAAGAAAACAUUUUAAAUCAUAGCAGAACAGUUCAUAUUUAAGGGCAUCACUUUUAUUAAUGUGGGCAAUAUUGUGUAAAUGAAGCAUUUGAAUGUCAUAUCUUUUAAAAAAUAUUUUAUUGUAUCAUAGAAGUUAGAGAUAUAUAAGUAGAUUGUUUUGCUGAAGUGAAAAUUCCCAAGUUCUCUGACAUACCUUUUUACAAUUAAUUUUCAUAUUAAAUAGUUAUGAGUUACUGCUGUCACCUGGUGAUGUUUAUGUGUGCUCAUGUGUUUUGUCUUUAGCAGCAUAAUUUAUAUUACUUUUUCAAAUGAUGUAGCUACAAUAAUUGUAUUCGUCAUGACCUUGGCAAUUUUUACAAACUAAAUUUUAAAGAUUCAGUGAAAGUCUAUCGUGAUUAUUGCAUUGAUAAUGUUUUAAGUGUCCAGGUUCCAUAUUUUUUUAAAUAGCAAGAAAACACAGAGAUAUUGUAGUCAACUGUGUGGCUACCAAUAAAAAAACUUUCAGAUCUCACAUGACUGGCGUUCUAUAACAGAGUUUGGAAAUCCCCUAAAUUGGUUAGAAAUUGCAUUUUUAUGAAAAAUAACAUAUUCAUUCUUGUGUAUUUAUUGCAGUCUAAAAUAAUAGCAGCCUUACCAGUUUUAUGCAUUUAUUAUUUAUAAUGGAAGCAGUUUACACUGAUACUGAUGUCUUGAACUGAAAGAUUAUGACAGUGUUUGCUGGUAACAAUUUCAGCAACUUGAAAAGGAACAUUUCCUCACAAAAGAUAAUGAAAGUGAUGGAUAUCAGUCCUUGGGUGAACAGCUAUCCUGGAGAAGUGAUGUAAAAAUAUACAGCAAAAUAUUUCUCUAGGAACCUAUGGUUUAAUGUUAAAGCCUGCCCUGUAUGUUCACUUCCUAACCCUUUACCUUUUGCUUGGAUCCUGCGUUCCCAAAGGGUUAAGUGAACAGAACUCUGCCAACCUAAGAAGCUCACUUUGUUCAAGGAAACGUGGAUUUCUGCUAUUUAUACUUCGUCUACAUUAUUGUCUAAAAUGGCUCUGGAUAAUAUUUUUAGGUUAAAAAUGCAGUUUAAAGUCACCAUAGAAAACAUUUUCUGUUCAAACAAACUUUAUUAUUAAUUGAAAAGUCACUGAAAUGAAUAAAACUGACAGAAAACAAGAUUUUAUAUAUAUGUAUAAUCAUAUAUAUUAGUAGUUAUAUAUUAUACAUAUAUAUGAUUAUAUAUCUUUGCUAUUAUGUAUAGAUGAUAUAUAUCUUUGUUAAAGACUAAAAUGUAAUCCAAAUCCUUAACAGAAGAUAUUUUUUACUACUAAAAUAGAUGUUAAAAAGUUAAUUAAAAAGUAAAGUUUAAAAAUCAUUAAUGCAAAUAAUGUUCAUUUACUCAGUAUCCUUGAAUCCAUAUAUCAGUUAAUGUCCUAGAACAGCGGUUCUCAACCUGUGGGUCGUGACCCCUUUGGGGGUCUAACGACCCUUUCACAGGGGUCACCUAAGACCAUUGGAAAAGACAUAUGUAAUUACAUAUUGUUUUUGUGAUUAAUCACUAUGCUUUAAUUAUAUUCGAUUUGUAACAAUGAAACUACAUCCUGCAUAUCUGAUAUUUACAUUACGAUUCAUAACAGUAGCAAAACUACAGUUAUGAAGUAGCAAUGAAAAUAAUUUUAUGGUUGGGGGUCACCACAACAUGAGGAACUGUAUUAAAGGGUCGUGGCAUUAGGAAGGUUGAGAACCACUGUCCUAGAAGCUAUUUUACAAGAAAGUUUGGACUUACUUUCAAAUUUAACAAUAUAUUUUAUAUGAAAAUGUGCUGUCUGUGUUUAAAAUAAUGAUUUCUAUCUGUGAUGCUUUUUAAAUUGUAGUGACAUUAGCUUAGGAGAUAUUGUUACAUCCUAUCAACUGCGGUUAUUUUUUAAAAGAUUUUUUAUUGAUUUUUAGAGAGGAGGAAGGGAGAGGGAGAAAGAAAGAGAAACAUUGAUGUGAGAGAGAAACAUUGAUCAGCUGCCUUUUGCACUCCUAGUGGGGAUUGUGCCCACAACCCAGGCAUGUGCCCUGAUCAGGAAUCAAACCAGCCACCUUUCGUUUCAUGGGACGACGCCGAACCUGAGCCACACCAGCCAGGGCCAAACUGGAUUACUUUUAUGUUUCUUUUUUCCUAUUUUCUCACCAAGUUAAUAGUAGCCAUUUUCCCCAAAGAAUAAGCUCCUCUUUAAGGAGAAUUGUGAUUUUAAAAUCCAUGGAAUUUGAUUUGUACUAUAGUAUGCUGAGGAGUAUGUUAUGUCCCUAUCCUUAGAAGCCAAACAUUUAUAGAUAACAGAAGUAACUUGCAUCUUAAAAGAGUCUGGAUUGGAUUCAUUGGUUGGGAUGUGACUUAACCAUUCAUACUGGUUUGUGACAGAAGUUUUAUGCCUGUUCACUUUGAUGUUGAAUAGAGUAGGAUAUUCAGGAUGUUGAUUUAUGAUUCCCAGAGCAAAUGUUUUCCCAUUACUUCUUUAGUUUUGCUCCAAACUCCUGUCUCUGGAGCUUUCCCACUUAGGACCUCAUUCUGAACCUUGAAGAUGAGCCAAGUGUUAGAGUGAUUUCAAACUCUGUUUCCGUCGGACGCUGUGACCCCGCCCUUGAGCCACACCCCAGUGUUAGGCUGCAACCAAAGCAGUCUGCAUUUGAAAUGAUGUUGGGUUAGGUUUCUGUCUGUCUGGAGACCUGUUUGGACUUCAAAUGGUAGUUUUUAUUCCUGGUCCCCCUUAUUUUAAGACUGGAAGAAUGGUUGUUUAGUAAAUAAAUCCUGGAUGAGCAUUCAUAUAAGGCUUAUAUGAGCUUAUUAUAAGCCACUUUGCUGAAUUAAUUAGAAGGGAGAGGGAGGAAAGGAGAACUUAUGAGGGCUGGAGGUUCAAAGCCCAUGAAUUCAUAUUCUUGUUCUGAUAUGAUAAGCAUUUCAUCUCAUGUGUAGUUUCUUCUCUGUGAAAUGGGGAUAAUUUUUACUGCUCACAAGUUAGACUUAAGGAGGAAAUGAAUUAUUAAGUAUUUAUAAAUAUAAAAUUGCUUCAUAACUUUCACAAACAUAAUACACUCCCAUUAGAGUAACAAAGCCCAAAUUAACCUGCCUCUUUUAGAAAGAAUAUGGGUCUAAGGAAGGACAUUAGAUUAACAUCAAUAUAAUAUUUAGAAUAUAUAAUUUUUAAAUGAAAACCACAUUUUAAGCUGUAACUUAUGCUUUUGAAAACAGGACCCAUAUGUGUCUCCGUACUUUUCUGUUUUCCCAUAGCAACAAGCCUAGCUCUAGGCACACAGUGGGUGCUUUGUUAACUGCUUCUUGAAUGCUUCUCACAAUCCAUCCAGGCUUAGAUUUUUCAGGUGCUAUCAACUAUUAGGGCAGACGGCAAAGCCAUUCUGCGAUUGCAUUAGAAAUACAGUUCAUAACUUAUACCUCUUUAGGUAGACACUGGGCACAUAGCUUCUCCCCUCUCCCCCAUCAACUGAACAAUGUGAAGGUAGGGCUGCAGCAGCUCUGCUUGGAGUUAAAUGUUUCUAGAAUAAUUCAUAAAUCUUAAGAAUCCUCCAGACUUAAUGUAACUUAAUGGUGGAGGUUUGAAUAGAUCAAUAAUUUAUUCCUAUAGAUCUACAAAGGAUUAUUUCUGUAACCAGAAGGAAUUGCAUAACUAGAGUCUUAUGUUUUUAUUUUAAAUGUCUUUCUCUAGUUUCUCCCUUUCGGUUAUCUUCAAAAUAUCAACCAAAAUUAUGAAGAUAUACCUAACCUAAUGAAUUUCCAAUAGCACUGAAAUGUGUUUCUCCUAACACCAUGAACAGUAAUUCACCUUUUUAGUCAUGAAUUGCACUCUAGUGUGGGCCUUGUGUCUGGUCCUUAAACACCCUCAUUACCCUUUGGAACAGAACAGUCAUGCUACAGUUGACAAAACUGUUGUGUGCACAAUGAAACUCUUCAAACGAGAUUGUGAGUCCUUGCAAUAGUAUCUUACAGUUUUGUUCAGCCUUGAAUCUCUUGUUUUUUAAAACUUAGAAUUUAUUUUUUAUUAAUAUGCAGAUAAUUAUAGCAUUUUAGAAGAAAAUCAGCUCUGAAUUAUCGGGCCCAUGCUUCUUGCCUCACUACUCUGCGUGUCACAUACUGUUGUCUCAGCGACCCCACGAACGAGCGAUGUCCUCCGUGUCCUGGCCUCAGCAGCCCCGCCCAGCAGCUGUAGACUCACACCUGUGGCUUUGUUAACGGAGUCUAUCCUUCUAGUAUUUGGCCUUCCCCUCCUCCUGCUGCCUUCUGUUUUUCCCAGUAUUAUUGUCUUUUCCAAAGAGCCUGCCUUCCCUAGAUGUGCCUGAAGUCGGACAGCUUCAGUUUUGUCAUACUUGCCUCCAGCAACGUUUUAGGCUUAAUUUGCUCUCGGACCCACUUGUCUGUCUGGUGGCCUGAGUUAUUCGUAAAGCAAUCCUCCAACACCAUGUUUCAAAAGAAUCAAUUGUUUUCUAUGAGCCUUCUUCCCUGUCCAGCUUUUGCAUACGAGGGUGUGGGUAGCCUCGGUCCUGGUCUCUAACGACACAUCUUUGCUUUUGGUGAUCUUUUCUAAUUUUCUCAUGGCUGUCCUUCCUAGUCUAAGCCUUCUCUUGAUUUCGUGGCUGCAGUCUCCAUUUGAAUCGAUGCCUGCUUGCAUCAGCUAAUAUUUUAUUUUAUCAAGGGUCUGAUGUAUAGUUUAUUUAAAGGAAUUAAAUAAAGGACCAACUUUAAAAAAAAUUGUUCCAGACCUCCAUUAUGAGCAAUAGCUCGGGAUUAGUUGUCAGUGACAGGUUAUAUAUUUUAUAUGCUUUUUAAAAUAGAGAAGGUGAAAAAUAACCAUUACUGCAGGCAAGAGGUUUUAGUCCACUUCUGUGUUACAGGAGUUUGCCCUCCAAAUGUCUGAGGCAAGUUGAAUGAGGAGAUUCUGUUUCCAAGAAGGAGGGUGAUAUUUCCUUAUAAAAGUGACAAUCAAGCCAGUUGUUUGUAUACGUAACUUGCCAAAGUUUUAGAAAACCUUCAAUAUUUGCCCUAAACGCAUGCUCCCCGACCCAUGACUAGAAAGAGCAUGGCUGCCGGGUGCCAGGACCCAGGUCACUUUGCUUUUAGUCCAGGGCUUCUGUGCCUGCCCAUGGCAAGGGUGCUGGUGGCAAUGUGUCCUAAGAUGCAGUGUGUGUGUGUGUGUGUAUAGGGGGGAGCUGUGUCCAGACUUAGCAUGGCCUGUUUUCUGUCAGAUCCUCAAGCACCAUCUAUGGGCUGAAAUCCAGGUGAAACCUAUUCAGUAUGAAGCGGGUGUUUGUUUUUCACUUCCUAGCAUUAUUCCAGUUCCCCAAGUUCUAUCUUUCCCCAAGUUAUAAAUGUCGGGGAAAUGCUGCCAAAAUUGUUUCACUCUGGAAGGUUUUCGUAAAUACCAGUUUAUUGGCUUCACUCAAUUUUUAAUCUCCUUUCUGUUCAAAAGAUACCAGCAAUGAGAGGAUUUUGCUGAAUUGAUAAAUUAUUCUGCUUAAGGCUGAGCAAAUCACUUGGUAAAAUCAGGAAUAUCUAUUAUUUCUUCUCAGUAAUAACUCUUGCAAGGUUACAUUCUGUUGUUGCAAAUUUCUGUAAUUUUUUUUUCUGUGGCACCUUUCUAUUGUCUGACUUUAAAUAAAAUGUUUCUAAUAGUAA